CCAUUUUGACAGUUCACUGGCGCUGCCCACUAAAAGCUUUCCGGACUCCGCGGCUUCCGUACAAUCACAGUCGAGUCCAGGAAGAGCUGAUAUCUUUCAAUCUAAGAAACCAACGCCAAACCAUCGACACUCAACUGAGACACAACGGUGUGAGAAAAUCAUGUUUGUUUUGUGUGUUUCAGGUUGUCAUGGCUAGGACCACUGUGAUGCUGCUGGUUUCUGUGGACUGACACCAUUAAAGAGGAACUUCACUGAUUCAUGAGCUGCUUCAGUUAUCCUGGCACAUACGCUAUCCAGAAGGAUGAAGCUGCGACUGCAUUUUGUGGUGGACCCCAUGGGCUGGUUCUGCAUAAGCAUGGUGCUGUUUGUCUGGCUUUAUAACAGCUUCUUCAUUCCCAAACUGGUGCUGUUGCCACACUAUGUGGAGGGACACAUACCUGCUUCGCUUGUGGUCUGUUACUAUCUAGCAUCACUGCUGUGUGUCUCAGCAUUAUUCAGGGCUUCCACCGCAGACCCCGGAAAACUUGCUCAGGAUCCCAAAAUUCCACUCGGAGAGAGAGACAACUGGGAGAUGUGCAAUAAAUGCAACAUGAUGAGGCCAAAGAGGUCACACCACUGCAGCCGCUGCGGCCACUGUGUCCGUCGCAUGGACCACCACUGUCCCUGGAUUAAUAACUGUGUUGGGGAGGAUAACCACUGGCUCUUUUUGCAGCUGUGUUUUUACACUCAGGUUCUGAGUCUUUACACUCUGGUGCUGGACUUCUGCCAGUACUACUACUUCCAGCCCCUGUCCUCGGUGGACCGGGCGGCGUUUGCGGUACGUCAUGAGUUGGCUCUUCUACGUGGGUCCUGUUUCAUGGGGCUGAUUAUGUUUGGUGGAAUGAGCAGCCUUUUCUACACACAAGUCAAAGGAAUCCUCACAGAUACAACGACCAUAGAGAAGAUGUCGCACUUAUUGGAAGACAUUGGACCACGACGGUCGUGGCAGCAAGCAAUGGCUGAGGUGUUUGGCACUCGCUGGAAGAUCCUGUGGCUCCUGCCGUUCAGGAGCAGACAGCCUCUAAGGCUCAACCUGACCUCCCGCGCUCAUGUGUAGACAGACAGACAGAGACACACACACAUCUCUCCAGUGGGGAAGGUUACCCCACGACCCCCCCCCCAAACCCUGUCUUCAGCAAACCCCUCUCUACAAUAGCUUGGUAUCGCUACAGGAUCAAACUUUUUCAGGUUCUACAUUACAAUUGAAAAUGAUCUAUUCAUAUAGAAUGAAGUUGAAAAUAACACUGUCAAAUAUGUAGUCUUUUUCUGUUUUGACUGGGUCAGGGUUACCGAAACGGGAUUACAAGGGAAUAGUUGAUUGUGAGGCUUUGUUGUCUCCAGGGUAACCCUUAUUUGUUGAGACCUCGGCCCAGUUCUCUCCCCCAUUUCUGGAUCACGUGAGCGGUUGUCAUGCGAGUAGGGACGCGAGUGGGUGGAGAUUGUCUGGUUUUAUGGCACUGAGGGUUGAUGGCUCUCGAGGUGAGUCAUGACCUCUGGCAUGGGUGAAAGACACUGCUGAAGUCUAAAAACAAGGCUUGCAUACACACACGUACACAAACACCGUUUACGAUACCUUUCACUAUCAUGCACAUAAUUACGCAAACCUCACCAAGCAAUGCUAAUGCCUCUACUGAGCGUUUGACUACUAUAACUGUAUUUGAUUAAUUUUUUUUAAUUUCUUUGUUUUUGUGCCUUUUAAAAUCCAUAUGUUUUUAAAUCAUUUGUGUCUUAUUAUUACACAUUUAUUUUUAUAUUAAGUCACACAUUGAAAACCUUGAUCAUGUUUUUUAAGCAGCUAUUAAACUAAUGUUAAUAAUAAUAAUAAUAAUAAUAAUAAUACUCAAUGAUAUAAGUUUCAUAUUUAAAAAAUAUAUUUUAAAUGUGACACGUGGAAAAAAAAAAGAAAAAGAAAAUGUUCUAAAUUAUGUUCACUUAUAUAAAGACGUAAUUCACUAAAAGGAUUAAACAUGAUUUAUGCUGUUAAUUAUUUUGCCCAGAAUUUACUAAAGGUUAUUGCACAACACUAUAAAUGCUUAUAGCUUGUCAUUAAAUUACCUUAUAACAUUUGCAUAUGUUCCAAAUCAACCCCCAAAUGUAGUAGCAAAUCACCAAUUGUCUGAAGUGCCUCUAAACAUGCAGUUCUAAUAAAAUAACUUAUUAUCCGUUAGGUGCACAAAUACACUACUGUGACUUUUGUGGUUUUACAUUAGAUUUACUUCACACAUUUUCCUGAAAACACAGUAAUGAUCCACAAGUACAUUUGGGUUUAUAUUAAACACAUUUAUACUGACAAGCCAUUCUAGAUUAAACAAUGAAACAAUAUUUUUCAUCAAAUGGUUAAUUGUGCAAUGUUAAUUGUGGGUUUUAUCCACUAGGCCUGAGUGAAUGUAAUCGGUUAAAGCUGGGUCUUUAUGAUUUUGCAAUAGACACGUUUUUCUUGUUAUCGUAGCUCUGAUGGUGAUCUGGUAGCCCUUUCUAGCCUCUCUAGUUGAGAUCCCAUUCGAGAUGGAGAAUAUGAAUUUAAUUCAAAAGGAGCUAAAAUGUGCUAUCAUAACCUGAAGUAGUUACAGUUUGUCAAGUGACGAGAAUCUAUUUUAAUUUAUUUUGUCUUGCAUUACGCUCCACCCGAAUAAUGUUAUAAAAUAGCUCUUUGUUUUGUGUAACAGCAUUUAGAAGCUGGCAACAUUCACUUGAAGAGGUACAUACUUGAAUAUGUAUUGGGAAUAUCAUGCCAUUAACUUUUUAUCUUUUUGGUGUUGUUUUUUCUGUACAUUUUGUGUCUUGUGAUUUUACGGUAGGGGGUUAUUAAAAACUGCUGAAUUUC